CUGUUUCUAGCUUCACGUCUGCGAUGUGUCUGAUGAUCCCGCUCUGACCCCUCGGUGCCACGGAAUAUGCUUUUUAUUUCCAGCCGUUACUCUUGGUCCGGACGCUCAUUAUGAAUCGAGUGAUUGCUCCGGGAAGCUCGAGCUCACACAGAAGACGCCUGACUCUGGGGAUUAUCGUUCUGCUUCUGGUCGAUGUCAUCUGGGUGGCAUCCUCCGAGCUGACGUCGUAUAUAUUUCAGGAAUACAACAAACCCUUCUUUAGCACCUUCGCAAAAACGUCAAUGUUUGUCCUGUAUCUGCUGGGCUUCAUCGUGUGGCGUCCAUGGAGGCAGCAGUGUACCAAACGCCUGCGCGGGAGACGUCCUGCUUUUUUUACAGAUGCUGAAGCUUAUUUCACGGCGUGCACUACAGACCAUUCACUCGCCAACGCGCUGAGCGAACCCCUCUACGUUCCUGUUAAGUUCCAUGAUUUGCACACUGAGAAAGUUGUGAAUCUGAACAAUGAAACAGACAAAACAUCCAAAAAGCCGCGGGUUAGAUUUAGUAAUCUAAUGGAGGUCCGGCAGCUUCCUUCCAGUCAGGCUGUGGAAGCCAAGUUAUCGCGCAUGCCUCAUGGUCCUGUUCGGGAUACCGAGUCUAUGCUGAGAUCAGUCAGUAAGCUGUCGGUCUGCCAGGUGGCGAAGAUCAGCUUCUUUUUCUGCUUUGUGUGGUUCUUGGCAAAUUACUCUUACCAAGAGGCGCUUUCUGACACACAGGUUGCGAUAGUUAACAUCAUUUCCUCCACAUCCGGUUUAUUUACCUUGAUCUUGUCCUCUGUGUUCCCGAGUAACAGCGGCGACCGAUUCACUCUGUCCAAGUUACUGGCCGUUGUUCUGAGCAUUGGCGGCGUGGUCCUGGUUAGUUUGUCGGGAUCCGAGAAAUCUGCUGGAAAAGAUACUAUUGGUUGCCUCUGGUCACUGGUCGGCGCGAUGCUUUACGCUGUCUACAUAGUCAUGAUAAAGCGUAAAGUUGACCGGGAGGAUAAGCUGGAUAUACCCAUGUUUUUUGGAUUCGUGGGACUCUUUAACCUCUUGCUUCUGUGGCCGGGCUUUUUCCUUCUGCACUACACGGGCUUUGAGGCCUUCGAGUUCCCCAGUAAGCUGGUAUGGAUGUACCUGGUGAUAAACGGGCUCGUGGGGACCGUUCUCUCAGAGUUCCUCUGGUUAUGGGGAUGCUUCCUGACCUCCUCUCUCAUCGGGACGCUGGCCCUGAGCCUAACAAUCCCUCUGUCCAUCAUUGCGGACAUGUGCAUGCAGAAGGUCCGCUUCUCUUGGGUGUUUUUUGCUGGGGCUGUCCCUGUCUUUGUAUCAUUCUUUGUUGUAACUCUCCUGUGCCAUUACAAUAACUGGGAUCCCGUCAUGGUGGGGAUACGAAGGGUUUUUGCCUUCAUUUGCCGAAAGCAUCGGAUUUCAAGGAGCGAAGACGCGGAGCAGAGUGAGAGUUUGAUACCCUUGAGCAGCGUCUCCGAGGAGGGAGGAUCGAGCCAAUAGUGCAGAUUUCUGUAUUCUUGCCUCCGUAUCUGGAUGCAGAUGUUUCCUGGCGAAGUGACAAUCAUCUACCUGCGAACCCUGGUGCUGUCUCACCUGUCUCAUGCUGCAUUUCCAUGUGGGUCUGUCUAGCACCCACCUGCCUUAUCGAGCCCCGGCACCCAAACUCUACGCACGAGGAAAUGCCGCUAUCAGCUCCUUUAACUUAUUUUCCGUUUUCUGUAAAUGUUGCCGAGUGAAAAGGUGCAAAUAAUUGUUUUUUUAAAAAAAUGGACUCUUUAUCAAACUUUGUAUAAAAAAAUCCCCAGGAGUCUGUGGGAGAAGCAGUCAGAAUGUACAUGCGCUGCUGGCAGCUCCGUCUCAUACCGUGCACCGCUAGUGCUCCACCAUUGAUGAUAUUGUUGGAUGGACGGCUGCCGUACAGAGUAAUUAUGAAGUUCUCACUUCUGGAUACUUGAAGGUCUUUCUUUCUUUUGUUGUUUUUGGUAAAUUUGAGACGGACCCGGGAAAUUUCUUGGUAGCGUGACGAUUCUGACCUUGGUUCUGACCUUCGGGUUGUUGGCUGUGUUCAGUGUUGUCUGUUUUACUUUUGGUCUGCCCCUUGAAGCUGACACUUUUCAGAAUCCUCACGCACCUGAAAUAUUACUCUGGAUUUUCCCUGACCGGUGUGGUGGCUGCCAGUCGGUACCGACGUGUCUCCUGUUCAUCUUCUCGAGGGUGUUCUGUGUCCCCCCCGAAUCUUUGUGAUGGUGACGGAUGCCCGCUCCAUGUAUAUUUAGGGACUUUGGUGUGUUGGAGUGUGCCU